AUGGGCCAAAAUCAAACCAUUCGCUCUCAUGUCCAACGGCAAUACAAUGCUGUCAAAAAAUCGGACAAGAGAGAUUAUUUGGUGAUCGAGGAGGCUAAAAAGUUACAAUCGUUGGAUGAGUAUCCGAUUGAUUUUAAAAAGUUAGCAGUGUUAUUCAUGUUGGAUUUUGAUAAGAAUGGAAAAUUCAGUUUGGAUGAUUUGAUGAAAUUUACAGAUUGGUGUGGUACCGUAACGGAACAUUUAAAAACCGAUCAACAGAGUUUUAAAAGUGAAUUACAAGCACAGUGUACAUUACAUAUGUGGAAACAAAUUAACACAGCACGAAAUGGAAAGAAAGUAUUUGGAGAUUGGUUUGUUCGUGUUUUUUCAGUUGGACAUAUCGUGAAAUGUCCCAAAUAUCCAAAGACUCAUUGGGUGAGUAUUGACACAGCAAGCAUUAUCCAUGAAUUAUUGUCAAUCAAGGAGCUGUAUGGCAUUUCGUGCCAACAGUUCAUGAACUUGAUGCAAACGGUCGGAGAAGAAAAAGGCCUCAUGUCACUCGAUGAUGUAGAUUUGGAUGAUGUUAUUCCGACGGAUGUCAUUCAUGAUUUUGCUGUCUCGUUUAUUACUGGGUUUUUGAACAUGAUGAGUUCUCUUGGAUUCUCACCUGAAAAGUAUUUAACAACAGCAGUGGCUGUGAUGGAUUCCACAAAACCUGUUCUCGAGAGUACCAACAACAACAACGUAAUUUCCAAUUCCAAAACUCCUACAGAAGAAAUUUCUUCUACACUCGCAUCAUCAAUGAAUAACACUUCAGUUAACUCCUCGUCGAUGCCUCCUCUCAAAUUAGGUAUACCCAAACUGAAUAUUGGAAUCUCUCAAACAACGAUGCCUGUCGUCAACACCACAAAAGCUAGUGAGAAUGAUGACAGUUAUUCUAGUGAGGAUGACGACAGCGAAGAUUUGGAAUCUUCAUCUAACACAAAUAAUGUGUCACAGCCACCAGUUCCAUCAUUAUCCCUAAAGUUGCUGCCUAUUCCAGCUCUUUCUCUUCAAUCAAACCCAAGUGUUGUAAAUAAUGCAACAAGUCAGCAACAAAGCUCCUCCAAAUCGGAAUCAAACUCCUCUACUCUUCCAUUCACAAAAUUGGCCCUGCCCAAAAUCAAUGCAUCUCCCACAAUCGAACCUCCACAAGACCCAAAUAUCAUCAACAAAUCUCCUCCAAAUCUUAACAUUUCUACACCUUCCAACACAUUUACCACUCUAUCUCCCAAUGCCUCUGCUUUUCUUCUUAAUGAACAAAACAACUUGGAGAAAAUUGAAGAGUCAGGCCUCUCCGAUGAAGAACUCAGUGAAAGUGCAGAAAGUGAUAACAGUGACGAUGAUGAUAGCGACAUUGCUUCUCCUCGCAAAGCUCCCCAGGUUCAUCCUUUGUUGUUACAAGUUUCCAAUGUUUCUGCAGAAUCAAACAAGCCCAAAAUUCCUACUCUCUCCAUAAAGAAGGAGCCCUCUGCUUCCUCCGCUCAACCAUCAUCCGAUGAGGUUUCAGUGAAUGGAAUCUCCAUGAAAAAGCUCAAAUUCUAG